AUGGUUGAAGACAGGAGAGAUCAGGCGAACCUGAAGAAGUUUAUGGAGUAUGUUCAGCAGAGGAACAUUGAGAAGGUGUCCAAAUUCCUGGAGAAAGGUCUGGACCCCAACUUCCACGACCCUGAAUCGGGAGAAUGUCCUCUGACCAUGGCAUCUCAGCUGGAGGGCUGUGCAGAGCUCAUCAAGGUGCUGAAGAGUGGAGGAGCUCACCUGGACUUCAGGACCCAAGACGGCAUCACUGCCCUGCACAAGGCUGUCCGCACCAAGAACCAUACAGCGCUCAUAACGUUGCUGGACCUGGGUGCGUCUCCUGACUAUAAGGACAGUCGAGGGUUAAGUCCACUCUAUCACAGCUCUAUGGUAGGAGGAGACCCCUACUGCUGUGAACUACUGCUCCACGACCAUGCUCAGGUGGGCUGUGUGGACGAGAACGGCUGGCAGGAGAUACACCAGGCAUGUCGUCAUGGUCACGUUCAGCACUUGGAGCACCUGCUGUUUUAUGGAGCUGACAUGGCCGCCCAGAACGCCUCUGGAAACACCGCCCUGCACGUCUGUGCCCUCUACAACCAGGAUAGCUGUACCAGAGUUCUACUGUUUCGGGGAGUGAAUAAAGAGAUCAAGAACUACAACAGCCAGACGGCCUUUCAGGUUGCCAUUAUAGCAGGAAACUUUGACCUGGCUGAAAUCAUUAAGAUCCACAAAGUGUCAGACGUUGUGCCUUUCAGGGAGACCCCCUCCUAUACUAACCGUAGACGUGUGUUGGUGGGAGGACUGCCUUCGCCCCGCUCCCUGCUGCGCUCCGCUAGCGACAACAACCUCAACGGGGAGAGCGGUCACGGUCUGGGGCAGGCCCUGCGGCAGGGUCACGGUCGACAGGGUCAAUCUCCUGUCCCCUCUCUGAGGAGCCUGCCUGCACUGGGACAACACCAACAACACGCCAGCCUGGGGGAGACUCAUCAUGGAGAGGUGCCAGACAGCAGUCUCCAGAGCACAGGCAGCUCUCGCUCCUCCCACUCCCGCUCUCCCUCGCUACACAGUCAUCUGCAUGAGGGCGAUCAGAGCGUCAGGAGGGCACAUGGACACGCUCUGGGACACGUCCCUCGAGGACGCCUCAGGUGA